UCGGUCUCAAGGCGCACAUUGUCUCAUGUCCCAGCCCCCGCGCGGUCGUUCCUCAUCUGCCGCAUGCGCAGCAAGGACCUGUGGAGCGACGUGGUCCAACCCGCCACCGACUUUUGCUCGCAUCUCAUCUUGACACCCUGGGGUACCGACGUCAAGGAGCGAAAGAGAAGCCAACGUGAAUUCUUCAAAGCGGCUGGGAAACGGUCUCACCUUUAUUUGACCAUUGAAAGCGACGACUGCCCGAAGAAGACGGUGGCUGAUCUUCAGGCCCAGAUGAAGAAUCUCAGCCUGACCGGCUUCGAGUUCUACAUGAAGGGAAACGAGACGGCCCUCAGCGUUAAGGUGUGCUUUGACCUCAUCGACCAAUUCGUUGCCGCAAAAGGCUCCGAGUCGGCGAUCCUGCGUAGCGGUCCUUACCGGACGAUGGUUAAGCCUAACGUGCUGGCCAACGUGUACCAGACGCACCCGCCCAUAGAUGGCUCCGGCAACAUACCCGACGCCAUCUUCUUGAACAACUUCAACUACACGAACCCCAAACAGCCGACAGCGGACCCGAAUCAGCCGGGAACGAAGCCGAACCUGAACAUUGUGAACAUUCUGACCCUUGCAAAGAACGACAGGGCCACGAACGUCGCCGCUGGAGGUCGUAAAAUCACCAACAUCUGCUAUAGCCUAAGCCUGAUGGGAAUACGGGUCGACACGCAGGUGGUACUGAGAUAUUCGGACAUAUGCGAGACGGUCCAGUGCUGCGCCACGGUGAAGCCGCCGCAGCGCAACGACGACAGCCGCUCCAGGAUCGUGAGCGUGACGAAGGGCACCCGGUACCUGGUCUCGUACGAUGACCCCGGCACCCUGGAGGAGAAGGCGAACAUGAUCGACAUACUGACGGGCGAGGUGCUCUGCAUCGCUGCCGACGACGCGGACGCGGACGACUUCCGCGGCAAGUGCGGCGAAAAGGCGGCGCUCGAGAAGGCGCCACUCCUCAACAAAAUGGCCGAACUGGCGCGUUCGAGAAACACCGCCCUCUUCUCCGCUACCGCGGGGAGGCGAAAACGCGAAGCGGUCAAUCCGCCGAGCGCCCACGCCGCUUUCUAGGCGUCGACUGCGGUUGAGCGCUGCUCGUUCUUACGUGGGACGCCUCGUCACCAAAACGUCCGGCGCAAUCUUUGUUUUGCUUUAUUACGUGACAGACUCUCGGAUUCAAAGGCAGUCAAAUCGCGACAUUAUAUAGGGCGGCAUUUAAUGCAUUCCGUCGAAACCUGACUGUCUGGAUUUAUGCCGCUUUCAGAGUAAUUGCUUGAAUAUUGUGCUAUCACGAAAUUAUUUCAGCACCUGAGUACUUUUGGGUUUGGCCUUGUUUACUUACGUGCCACAAGAUUUACAUGCACAUUCUGCAGUUUUCAUAGAAAAUGGUUAUAGGAAACACAUGCUGAACUGUAACGCACUGGGAACUGAAAGCGUUUACCAA